AUGGCUCCUAUCAAGUCUGAUCGGCCUAAACGCCUCCAGAUGCUCGGUACUGCCUCGCUAUUGGCCCUUCUCAUCGGCGGUUUGAUCCUCAUUCUUGUUGGCGUCAAUGCUCUUGCGAACUAUAGUGCACUACCUGAACCAGACGAUGCGAGCGUGCCUUAUCUCCCAAUCGGCUACAACAAGUCGGCGAUCCGAGGCCAAGCUGCAUUGAAAGUUGGUCGCGAGUGGGGAAUUCAAGUCUGGAUCGCCAUUACUGGUGUAGCUUUUGCUCUGUUGUCUUUUGGCUUUGCAGAGGCAUAUAUGCAGAUAUUCGACUCUUGGUCCAGUCGACAAGCUCAGCGUGGGAAUGGUCUCAACUAUGCCCGGUAUCUCAAUUCGCAACCCCGGGCACCGGUACUCUACGGCAUCAGAGGGUUUCCAGCCUUCGUUACUCUGAGGUACACAAUCAUUGUCAUGGGUAUCGCCGCAUCUAUUGGUUACAAGUUCGCAUUCGUUACUCCAAAGGUCAGAGUCAUAGAAAACAUCGACCACCGAACAAUCAGAUUUACAGGACAUCGACUGGGCAUGGUAUACAACAACAACAAAAAUGAAUUCAGUGAUACGACACCUUGGAUCACUGAUUUUCCACUCUACAAUAUCAGCCGCUCAUUUGCUCAUUUCUAUCAGCGCGACAACGAUUCUGUAUCUGGUGUGAGAACUGAUCUGCCUCCAAACAUGUUGAUCAUGUCUGGUCAUGCCAGCUGCGUCCCAAUGUUGGAGCCUCAUUUUAAGUACGGGGAAGCUGGAAACAUAGCUACCCGAGAACUGGCAUUGGUAGCUAACGGUUCGGCACCUGAAGGAGAAUUUACCAUGACGGAGGAUAAGGGAGAAUGGCAGAGGACCGAGAUAUCUAACAGCUCAAUAUUUGACCCUCCGCAAAACGCGAUAAUUGAAUUUCGGAUGUCAAAAUUCGCAGAACUUCAAAUCCAGUGGGCGAAAGCGCCGGAAGAUUCAUCAGGUACCUGGGAAGUGCCAGUGGUCAACCGCUCCCAGUACAACAUCGAUAUGGCUGUGGUUCAAGUCAUCAGAGUUGUGAAGAACCUAGACUGCAAAACUAUGGCAGGCAGCGGAGGCGAUGGUGUGGGUAUUCGUGCUCUCAACAACAAAGGCAGUUUCAUGAACUACCUACAAACAAGCUGGAGGCCAAUACUUCAAAGUGAGCAAAUCGGAAGAGAGGUCAUGAAUGUCACGAGAAAAAUACCAGAGUUCACUGCAUGGCUAGAGCCUCUCAUAAAGAUCCCUGACGCCACACUUCUCACUGCCGUAAGUGCGAUCAUCAGAGCAAUCAUGGUCUGCCAUGAGGAGGGCCCAGGGACCACAAAGAUAUUAUUCAACGACGGCAGAUACUUUGAGCCCUUUGGAGAGGAAAGAGAUCCUUUCUCGGAUAUGUAUCCAGGGACAAGUGGUAAUUUCUUCGUGGGAUAUCGGAAAGACAAGUACGUAGGAUGCUACGUCUCCGCCGCCAUUAUCUUUGUUGUCCUUGGCUGUAUUGCUAUUAUGGUUGCAAUCUUCAGGGUAUGGCUUGGUCCGCCAGCCCUGACUUCGUGGAUGGGACAACACAUAUAUCUGGCUCACACGGAGGCUAUAUCUCUAUCUGGCAAAGCAACGGGUCUAGCUUCAGGUUAUCAAGUGGCCGAGCGUGAUUUGGGAAGACUGCGGCUGUAUACACAGAAGAGAGAGGAAGCGGGUGCAAUGCUGAAGCACGAUCGUGGAGAAGGAUCAGAGGGACAGUCGAGUAGGGAACGAGACAGCGAAAACCGCGGAAUCAUAACACACGAGGAUGAUAUAGGAAUGAGGGAAAGGGAGAGAGACAGGUCCUGA